AUGAAGCGGCAAUAUAGCCCUCCAGAUAAGCCAGAAAUGAAGAGGAGCUCUGGAUGGGGUGCUAUUCUGCGGAGCAUACAAACAGGCCGUUUCAUCAACACAAUGUGGGCAGAUGAGGGCACCAUUUCCUGCAACGUACAAAUGGCAAUGGUGCGGCUUUUCAUGAUUUGGCCUCUUAAAGCAGUCACUCCCGUGGCUUACCUUUACUGGGCAUGGAGGCUGAUCCGAACCCUGUCCGGCAAAUCGUCCAAGAGAGUGCGACCAGAUGGCGCCAUGGCGCUUUUACGUGCUGCUGCAGUGUGGGGAUUGCAGGAGCUUCUCUCCCUGAUGCUUGGCCUCGAGGUCCUGUUCUUCUGCUACUACUGCUACAAACGGGCCAUGCUGCAGGUGGACAACUUGCUGCAUAAUGCGGUGACCCGCGUCUUCUGUGCAGCACUACAGUGGUCAAAAGCGUUUCUGCAGCUGGCAGAUCUUCGGGCACAGUCGUUGGAGGUGGAUGCGCAUUCCACGAGUGCAGUUACUAAAGCAGCUGAACAAGGAUGGCAAUGUGCUGCGCAUUUACUGUCAUCCCUUGUAGCUGCUGAUCUCCAAGCUACUGCGGUGAAUCACAACAUUUUACUCAGCAGAUUUGAGGUCUCGAAAUGGCAGAGAUCACUGGAAGUUCUUCACCAGAUGCCGUGCAAAGGAGUGGAGAGGACGGUCAUUUCCUUGGCCUCAGCCAUCAGCGCCUGUGGACGUUGGGAACAUUCCAUCCUGCUGUCAGAGGAAUUGGGCAGCAGCGGUUUGCAAGCGAAUUUGAUAUCUACAAAUGCUGCGGUCAGUGCAUGCGAGAAACAAGGUCAGUGGUGGCAGGCUAUGCAGAUGUUGACUGCAACACUUUGGCUCGGUUUGCAGGAGGACACCAUCUCAAACAAUGCCUUGAUCAGUUCAUGCGAGAAAGGCGGGCUGUGGGAGCAGUCCUUGGCGCGGCUGAGACGCAUCAGGUCUUUAAACAUUGUGGCCACAGUGGUCACGUACAGCGCGGCCAUUAGUGCGUGUUCAACAGCCACUUCCUGGCAAUGUGCAAUCCACUUGUUCCACGAACUCUUGCAACUGGAGCGACGUGAGCGACAUGAAGAUUCCCUUGGACCUCUUGGCCAUCUUGGCCGCUUUGCCUCCAAUUCAGUCGCUUUCAACGCCGCAAUCUUUGCAUGCGAAAAGGGCAACCAGUGGAAAAGUGCCCUGAAUUUAAUGCAUGUGAUGCAUUCUCGUCAGUUGCAGCUGGAUCUCAUCACGUGCAAUGCUGUUGUCAAUGCAUGCUCUUGCAGCUGCAGGUGGCAGGCUGCAACAUAUCUGUUGGAUCAGUUCCAGCGACAAAGUGUGGAGCGAGAUGUCAUAACAGUGGAGGCUGCUUUGAAAGGCUUUGAGACUGCUGGUCUUGGCCUUGAAACUGCAGCUCUGCUGGAUGAGCUGGAUGUGCUGCGAAGAGUGUUCCAGGCCACACUCGACAUUCAGGCCUCUGGUCGCAUGUUGGAGGGUUCCCGCUCUCAUGAGAUGCUGGCGACGCACUUGUCACCGGAGGCAAGUGUCCAAGACUUCCAAGAGGCUUUGCUCCCCAAGAGGAACGAAUCGAAUGUGGAGCAACUGCUCCGAGAGUGGGAUUCCUUGAAAAGAGUGACGUCGCAAAAUUUGGCCCCUGCAGUGAUGCUGGGCGAGAAGGAGCGAGCUGCUAUGGAAAAUGCCAUGGACGAUGCCGAACUCUUGGCGUUGAAACAUGCAGAAAUCAGUGGGUGGUUCUUCGACCGCCGAACUGGCUGCCGGUGGCCGGCAGCAAAUGUGGCGGAGAUCCAUCGAGGGAACCUUGCGGAAUGGAUGGCGUGGGCCUUUUUCCAUUGUACCCCAGAUGAGGUACCUGCCCAACGACGUCAUGAAUUGGUGCAGCUCGUUGACGAAGGAGCCAAGUGGGCCGGCGUGGAGUUUCCCACAGGGUACAAUCCACACGUGCAAGCGAUGCGUUUGACAAUGGAUCCAAUCCCAUCAGAGCACCGCCCACUCGUCUACUACAUUGUGACAGCCCUGGCAAUGCCAAUCGUGAACAACUACAAUCUCGAGAACUUGGGUUUUCGGCGGCACAGGAGUGGAACUCUUUGGUAUUGGCUGCGACGUGGGCGAGGGAGGAGCGCUCAGCCACCCAUUGUCUUUUGCCACGGAGUGGGCGUGAACCUGCUCCCUUAUGUUCACUUCAUCAGCGAGCUGCUGAGGCAAAUGCCAAAGGGAAAGGACAUCUUCCUGGUUUCCUUACCGCACAUUUCCAUGCGCAUCAAGGAGGAUGUUCCUUCCUCUGCAGAGAUGGUCGCGUGUUUGCGUGACAUGCUGCUGAGCUGGGACCACACUUCCGCCCAUUUCGUUGGCCACUCCUUUGGAUCCAUUGUGGUGGCUUGGAUGUGCAGAAAUGCGCAGGAGACAGUUGCUGUGGCAACCUUCCUUGAUCCUGUUUGCUUUCUCCUCAUCAAGCCUGAUGUGUGCUAUAACUUCAUGUACCGGCAGCCAGAAACUGCUACGCAGCUGCUGAUGCAUUACUUCGUAGCCCGGGAGCUUUACAUUGCGCAUAGCCUUUCCCGAAACUUCUUCUGGUAUCAGAAUCUGCUGUGGCCAGAGGAGCUGCAAGUUCCGUGCAUGGUGAUGCUCUCCGGCGAAGAUUCCAUUGCUAGAGUCCUCGGAGUGCGACGCUACCUCACUGGUUGGAUAGAGCGUCAGAAAGGAAAUUCCUUCAGGCUGCUAUGGUUUCCCAACAUGGGACAUGGCGAGAUGAACUUUGGACCUGUUGGGUCUAUAGCUCAGACAUGGCAGAGCAUCAGGUUGGCCGCAUGCAAGCGCAUUGUUGCGGAGAUGAUGUCACUGGAAGCCCAGCUUCGAGUCGGACCGUUGGCGUAG